CAGAUCUCGCUCUGAGGUCGCACCGAUCUCCGGUCAUUAGGAGGCUGCAGCUCUCCGCGUGCGGACCGAGAGCUGCUGCUGCUGCUGCACCGGAGACCAGCACCGGGAAGCGGGAGGAGACGUUAGAGGAGACUUUUACGCGCGCAGAGGACGGAAUGCAUCGGAAGGACUCCGACCGACUGAAAGUUUGUUGUUCACCGUUUACCGACAUGGAGCCGCAGAGAGAGAGAGACGGUCGGUAAGAACGGAGGCGGCGGAGAGUCGGUGAAGGUCCGGGGAGCACCGGAGGAUGACACCGGCAGCCCGGCGGCAUCUUUAACGGACUCUCUGCUCCUGAUCCCCCGUUCAUCUGAAACACAAACACAGAACCGGACCGUGAAAAUCUCCGGUCCUCCGCUCCCCUCCUGCUGCUCUCCUCAUCAUGCUUUCCUGCUGAGUCUCUGCAUCUUGUGGAUAUUAUUAAUUCAGACUCUGUGGGUGUGAUCCGUGGAGCUCAUCAUGGGGACCGUCCUGUCGCUGUCCCCCGGCUCCCGUAAGUCCGGCUACUACGAGCACCGGCCCGGCUCGCUCAGCCACUACCCCAGCCUCAGCAGCCGCUCCCUCAACAGCCAGAAGGACCGCGGCCUGAAGAGAGGACAGUCCAUCUUCCUGCCGGCGCUCACCUGGAAGCGACUGGUGGCUUCCACCAAGAAGAAGGGCAACUCCAAGAAGGUCCCCGGCGGCCCGGUGGCCCUCGGAGAUCCUCUGAACAACAACAACAGCAUCAACAUCUACCAGAAGGACCCGGUGCUGCACCUCAACCGGGAGAACGUGAAGAAGUCGCUGUCAUGUGCCAACCUGUCCAGCUACGAGGGCCCAGCGGGUCUGGGUCUGGGUCUGGGCUACGGUCUGGGGAUGGGUCAGGGUCACGGCUUCAGCUACAGUAAAUCCCAGCAGCUGUCCUCGGUGAAGAAGGUUCCUCAGGGGACGGCGAGCUCGUCUCCGAAGAGGGUGAUCGUCCAGGCGUCCACCAGCGAGCUGCUGCGCUGUCUGGGGGAGUUCCUGUGCUGCCGCUGCUACCGGCUGAAGCACCUUUCCCCGGCCGACCCGGUGCUGUGGCUACGGGCCGUGGAUCGAUCGCUGCUGCUGCAGGGCUGGCAGGACCAGGCCUUCGUCACGCCGGCCAACGUGGUCUUCGUCUACAUGCUGUGCCGAGACGUGGUGGAUGGAGACCUGGUGGCGUCGGAGCACGAGCUGCAGGCAAUCCUGCUCACCUGCCUCUACCUGUCCUACUCCUACAUGGGCAACGAGAUCUCCUACCCGCUCAAGCCCUUCCUGGUGGAGGCGGGUAAGGAGGCCUUCUGGGACCGCUGCCUAGCCAUCAUCGACGCCACCAGCGCCAAGAUGCUGCGGAUCAACGCCGACCCGCACUUCUUCACUCAAGUGUUUGCCGAGCUGAAGAGCGAAGGCGGCUGCGGGCCUCAGGACUACAGCCGGGUUCUGGACCGGUGAGAGGAGUCCUGGACGCAUGCCUUUUUCUAACACAAACACUCGUCCGUCUCGUACGGAAUCCCCUUGUCCUGCUGUGAUAUGGAAAGACUUCUGGAGACUUAUUUAAUCAUCCCGUCUGUGUUUGUUGCCAUCGUCCCUCCAUCCACAGAACGGCCGGCUAACCGGUGGGGACUGUGAAAGGAUUUUAUUCGUAAUAUAUUAAGGUUCCUCAUGUUGAACAAAGAAACCACAUGGAGCAAAUUGUGUGCGGACAUAACACGAGAUUUCUGGAGAUUUUAGCAUUUUCAACUGUGUUUGUUGCCAUCAUUCUUCAAUCCGCAAAGGCUGGCUAAAGAUCAAUUCAUGCUUUUGACAUCUGUAUGCACAGAUUAGUGUAGUCUUUGAAAGUGGUUUUUGACACAAAAAACACACAGCACGGGGUUCCUGGAGAUUUCAGAGCUUGUCGCUGUGUUUGGGCUCUGUUGAUCGAAAGCAUUUCAAAAUGUAAACACCUCUAAGGUCCAGCAGCAGCUACUUUAACUACAGCUCUUUAAACGAGGACCCAUGAAGGGGUGAACAUCUGAGAAUCUCCUGGUAGUUGUCUUCGUUUUCUUGGACGUUCAUGGAGGGUUUUGUGGAUUUGGUUUGCAUCACAUGGAUGCAGAAAGCAUGAGUUGUUCUUAGCAGGGGUUGUUUUUGUGACCAGUUAACUCCAACUGGGAACCAUUUGGUCCACCUGUCCCAGUGACUGCUCCCAGUGGUCCCAGCUGCUCCUCUGCAUCUGACAGACAGAGAUCCCAGCAGCUUCGUUCUUCUCUGGAUGGGAUUAAACAUGAAGCUGUAUUUCGCUGGAUGUUGAGCUCUGACUGAGGGGAACAGUUGACGGUUCAGUCCUGCUGUGUUUUCAGACCAGCUGCUGCUUUUUGUCUUCACCUGUCAGAGUGUUUGUUUAAUCUGGAGGUAGAACCUGGUCCUGGUCUCCUCUGAUGGACGUCUGCCAGGUCAUCAGCUGUUUACUCCGUCCUUUGUUCGCUGCUUCUUGUUGACGGAGCGCCUUCAGUAUUAAUGAGAUUAGCAGAUUACUGCAGCCCCUCCCAACCUCUGCCCCCCUCUAAUCCCAGCCGGACCGCUGCUGUAAACACACACAUGUGUACAAACACACGCGUGUGUACAAGCACACGGCUCCCGGUCCGAGAGGGAAGCGCUGCAGGACGAAUGCUGCCGCCGGUUUGUUGUUUCUGAGUUUGUCCCAGUUUCUCGCCUGCUCUGCGGUUAAAUUAUUCCCUGAAUGAAGCGUCGGCGUUUUACGCUCCAGCAGCUUUAAUCUCCACUGAGCUGAAAUGUUCGUGUUUAAGGUGGAUCACAGAUGAGCCCAAAGUUCAUCAAUGUGACUUUUAUUAGUCAAAGCGUCUGGAUUUCAGCUCCCUGGACGUCCCAAAGUUCAGUUUGAGGCUGCAGGAGGUCACUUCAGGUCAUCACACUGAGGUCAGAUGAUCAGCAGACCCUCAAACAGUUUAACACCAAAUUAGAGCCGCUUUCAGGCCAUAAAACCACUAAACUCUGCCUGGAUUCUUGUAUUACAGAUUUUAUUUUUCUUUUAUCGCUUCUCCCCGUUUAAAAUCCAACAACAGCUGUUUUUAUCAUGUGUUUAUGCACAGUUUGAAAGAUCGCAUUAGAAAACUAAAUGUAAACAGACUUUUAUUUAUUUUUUGCCAAAAAGUGUUUACACUCGCUGAAGCAGUUUUUGACUUUUAAAAAACACCUUCAGCUCCUUUUCAUGACAUUUUUUGUAGUAUUUCAAGCGUUUGCUUCAACUUUGCUGUUUAAUAAGAAGCAGCUGAUGCUGGCCUCUUUUUGCUGUAAUUUUAACAAACUCUGGGCUCCAAAAAGGAAAAUUAGCGGAAAUAAUGCAAACAUUAGUAGAAAAUGAGUUUUUCUGCUUUUGUGGAUGCUGGUGGUUCUGGCCGAGUUUAUAACCGAAAAUCUGUAAAGUAGAAAUAUUGAUCACAUUUUCACCAUUACGACAGUUUCUGGACUAAUAUUAGACAUGCAGUUCUGUCAGAAAACUCAACCAAAUCUGAUAUUUUAUGAAUGUCAGUUGAUCCUACAUGACUCAAUUAAAAAUAUCAUAAAAAAUGAAUUGUUUGCUCCAACCAGAUUCCAUAAAAUGACAAAAAUCAGACCAGAAAAGACAAAAACAAGACAAAAUAUUACAAAAACGACACACAAACAACAAACAUGAGACAAAGAAAUUACAAAGCGACAAAAAAUGGACACAAACGAGACAAAAAAUGAAAAAACUUAGAAUCAAAAUGACAAAAAUAGUAAAAAAAACGACAAAAAACACAAAACGACAAAGACGAUGCACAAAACCGCAAAUAAAGCGAAACAGAAAAUGACAAAAAUAAGACUAAAACACAACCGAGUCGCGAAGGAAACACAAACGACAAAAACAAGAGACAAACGACACAAGUCAGACCACAAAAAGGGCAAAAACCAACAAAAACAUGACAAAAUAUUAUAAAAACAAGGCACAAAACGACAAAAGAUGAGACAAAUAACACAAGCGGGACAAAAAUGAAACACGAAACAACAAAAGUCAGACAAAAAUUAAGAGAAAAACCAACAAAAUAUGACCAAAACGAGCAGCUGUGAAGCCAACAGUGACUCGGCUGCGAUCGAGAAUCACGUGAUUAAAAUUCAGGGACUUUUAGGGGAAACUAAUCCAGAAUAUAGAAUAUUUCUAUUAUGUGGAUCUGCAGGGAGACAUUCUGAGUCUCCUUCAUUUGUAUCCAGAGAGCUGCAGGACUUUGUAAAGCAGAGAAAUAUGAACCAACAGAGGAUUAAUGUGAUUGCGUUGAUGUUCCUGCAGGUUUGUGUUCGAUGCGUCCGUCCAGAAGACGUGACCUUCAUGUGCUGCCGUACAUAUUCUCUCCUGAGCUAAUCCAGUCUAAUCCUCAAUCAAAUAGAGCGACCCGGCUCAGGAUGGAAACAUGGAGGAGAAAUAAGCAAACGGUCGGGAAUCCGAUGAGAUUUGGUGCAACGCUUCGAUUACCGCUCAGAUCCAACAAACCGAGGCCUUUCCAUCUCCCUGAGCCUCCGUGAGCUCACAGCAGCGAUUCAUUCUGUCCACCGGCGGACGUCUCAGCCGUCCCUCCGCCUCGGACAAGGACGCCUGUGUCUCGGCCGCCGCCUCCCUCCUCUUUCCCCACAUUUCCACACACUCAGCUGUUGUUUGCUGCCCGCUUCAUUAGAUUUGACACCCCACACCCGGCAGCCAUUGUCAGGCCGAGGGAGGGCAGAAUGGGGCCGUUUGUUGGCACCGGCUUGGUCGAAUGUAGGUCAGAGUUAAGGGCAGCAUCUGCAGACCUGGACGUUAAUUCAAUCUGAAGACACGGGACACGGCGUUCCAGACACCAGCAGAAAACUCUUCAUCACGUUUAGGUCCAGAUGAGCAGUUUGUCCAGAAUCUUGGUCAGAAAAACGGGCACAUCUGUCCGAUCAGCUGGAUCUGUCCUCCUCCAGUGUUACAAGUCAAUUAGCUCGCUUCUAAUGCUGCUCAUCCAAUCAGAGCUCUAGAAACCAACUGCAUGUUUAACCCUCCUGUUGUCCUCAUUUAUGGCAUCAAAAAAUAUUGUUUCCUUGUCUGAAAAAAUCCCUCCAAAAAUUCCACAAAUUUCUGAAAAUUUGCAAAACCUUCAGGAAGAAAUAAUUCCUUAAAAGUUCUAUUUUAAAAAAAUCCCCCAAAUUUUGCAAGACAAUUCUUGUAAAUAUUUUCAAAAAAUUAAUAAAAAUCCUAAAAUUUCUAAAGUGAUUUCAUAAAUAUCAGUAAAACUUCUAAUAUUUUCUUUAAGAACAUUCACAUAAAAAUCAACCAGAAUCCAGUGAAAUUUGUUGGAUUUUGGUUGAUUUUUAUGUGAAUGUUCUCAAGAAACAUUUUUAACAUUUCUUUUUUUUCCACCAAAAAAUGUUCAAAGAUUUCCCAAAAUGUUGAAAAUUGUGGACAUCAGAAGCUUUACUGUGAAAAUAUUUACUUUUUCCACAUUUUCAAACUUUAAAACGGGUCAGUUUGACCUGCAGGACGACAUGACGGUUAAAAGAGGACGAACGUUUUUGCUCUCUGGACUGCCGAACCUUCAGGGAACGUUAUUUGUUGGCACCGGCUUGGUCGAAUGUAGGUCAGAGUUAAGGGCAGCAUCUGCAGACCUGGACGUUAAUUCAAUCUGAAGACACGGGACACGGCGUGCCAGACACCAGGAGAAGACUCUUCCUCACGUUUGUUCAUUAAAGUCUGAAGUUUGGUCAGAAAACGGGCACAUCUGUCCAAUCAGCUGGAUCCGUCCUCCUCCAGUGCUACGAGCCAAUUAACUCGCCUCUAAUCAGAGCUCUCAAAAACCGACUAGAUGUUUAAAAGAGGACGAACGUUUUUGCUUUUCUGUGGAUGAACCUUCAGGGAACGUUAUAACUUUGCUGUUCUUACUUUCAACCAGCUCCAUGAUUCAGACUCUAGCGGACCUCCAUCGCCUGUCUUCUGCUCAACCAUGAAUGUAUGAUUUAGUGUUAGGAACCCUCACAGGAAACACUGAUGGGACUAUUUUCAGCUGCGGAUGGAUACACACUGGACAUUAGAGUUAAGGAACCUGUGUUUUUAAUUGGUUGAACUGGUUUUUGUUGGCACUAAGAAGCAAACAGAAGCAUCGCCGCUCGUUUCCACGGCUCUGUGAGUUGUGUUAUUCAGGAAGCUGCUGUAGGUCGGUGUGAGAUUUAAAAGACGCACCGUAGACCGACGAUGUAAAUAUGUGGCCGUCACAAAAAGACCGAAAACCAGGGGUGUCAAACUCAUCUUAUUUAGUCCAUGCUAGUUCCACAUCCAGUCCAGUCUGAUCUCCAGUAAAACCAGUAAAACCACAGCAGAAUACCUGUAAAUAACCACAACUCCUAAUGAUUCCUUUGUUUUACUGCAGAAAUGUUCACAUUUAAGGAAUUAUCUUUUUACAUUCAUCCUCAGUUUAUCAUUUUCCACAUUACAACUUCCAGAUCACAGAGUGUCUACA